AUGUACUUGGUUUCCAAGUUCCGUCUUCAUCUUCUUCUGUUCUUGAUGCCCCCACCUGGUAAGGUUGGAUUUUACCUUCGACAUCUUGUGUGUGGGUUACGGUUACCCCCGUCUCGCUUCUUUUUAGAGGUUCUUUGUUAUUACAAAGUUCAUCUUGUCAAGUUAUAUGUAUGUCAUGCAGAUGGGAGUAAAUGUUCCUUUCAGCUGACAUCUUAUUUGGUCGGUGAUAUCCCACCCAAGUCCAUAGUGGUGGGUGACGUCGUUCUUGACCGAAAUGUGGAUCAGAUGAAUGUGACACCCGAAUCGCCCCCUGUGCUCCUAGGUUUUGGGCCGAAUGCUUUCACUAUCGAGCAAUUGUUGGACACAUCUAGCCCUAUUAUUGGUUCUGUACAGGUCGGUUAUUCUAGCUCCACAAGAGUUGUGCCCCCCGUAGGUGUCUCUUCCAGUCGAAAAUGUGGAUUUCCUUCUUGUGUAUUGCUUGAGGAAGAGUUGAACGAAGCAUGCCUGUUUAUACCUUGUGCGGAAAAAAUUAUCUUCGCCGUACUCGGGCGAGAUCUCAAAUUUUUUGAUGGGUUAUUAACUUUGCGAGACCGGUUUUUAGCCGCAAGGGUGAAUGUACGUGUUGUCGAAGGCAUGAAGCUUGCAAGAGAGGAAAUGUUGGUGAAAGUGGGAGAGAUGUAUGCUGACUUAUCAAUACGUUACCGGGAUGCUGCGGCCAAGGUAACUUCUCUAGAAAAUCAAGGGACGCUCGUCCAGGCGAAGUAUGAAUCUUGUCUCCAGGAGAACGGCGUGUUGUGUUCUCAUCUCCUUAACAAGUCUUGA